GCCCGCUUACUGCCCGUGCCCUAUGGUCUCGCGCAUCCUCAGGUCGGUAUAUAAAGGCGGAACGGCGACGGGAGCAGGACGGCUGGGACCGAGCAGCCCCGGGACUGAGAUAUAAUUAUAUAGAUCGUAAAACAGCUGGGUGCUUUAUUUAUUAAUUAUUUUUUUUUGUCUCCGAACAUAUGUUGACUACUUUUAAAUAUUUUAGCUGUUUUUGAAGUUCUUAAACUGGUUGAUUUUCCUCGGUAGUUGUUGUGUGUUGUUUUUUUUUAACACUACGGUAGUUAAAAUGGCGAGCUCGGCCAACUCGAACCCAGUGCCUAGACUGUAUAAGACUGUGAUGGAGGAUGUGAUUAAUGAAGUUCGCGAGCUGUUCCUGGACGAAGGCGUGGACGAGCAGGUUCUCAUGGAGCUCAAAACGCUGUGGGAGAGUAAGCUGAUGCAGUCGAAGGCCGUGGACGGUUUCCACACGGAGGAGCAGCAGGUUCUUCAGGCUCCACAGACGCAGGUUCCACAGGUCCAGCAGACCCAACAGACGACGCAACCGCAGCAAGUUCUCCUUCCUCCAGCACAGCAAGCCCCACAGCAGCAGGUGAUCAUACAGGACCCCAAAAUCCUGCAGCACAUGAGCGCUACAGGCAUGAGUGCAGCUGCCACUGCAGCGACUUUGGCUUUGCCCCACGGAGUUACGGGAGUAGGACCCUACCAACAGCUCAUCACUAAUCAAGGUCAGAUCCUGCAGGUGGUGAGAGCUGCUAAUGGAGCUCAGUACAUCAUUCAGCCUCAGCAGCCCAUCAUGGUGCAGCAGCAGGUCCUGCCUCAGAUACAGGCCAGUGCAGGAGUGCAGGCUCCGGUUAUACAGCAGAUGCUGACCCCACUGCAGGGUGGUCUUCCUCAGCAGACCGGUGUGAUCAUUCAGCCUCAGCAGAUCGUCCUCACGCAAAAUAAAGUGCAGCAGAACGCUCAGGUGAUGCAGGCAGCCAUGGCUCAAGGACAGACUCAAACACAAACACAACCCCAAACACACACACAAACUCCACAGCAACCACAAACGGCACAACAACAAGCGCAGCCUCAGCAGCAGCAGCAGCAGCAGGCACAAGCUCCGCUGAUGCUCCAGGUGGACGGCGCCGGAGACACGUCAUCGGAGGAGGACGAGGACGAGGAGGACGAAUACGACGAGGAUGAAGACGAGGACAAGGACAAAGACGGAGGCGAGGACGGCCAAGUGGAGGAGGAGCCUCUGAACAGCGGCGAUGACGUAAGCGACGAGGAGGAUCAGGAGCUGUUCGACACCGAGAAUGUCGUCGUGUGUCAGUAUGAUAAGAUCCACAGAAGUAAGAACAAAUGGAAAUUCCACCUGAAAGACGGGAUCAUGAACCUGAACGGACGCGAUUACGUUUUUUCCAAAGCCAUCGGAGACGCAGAGUGGUAAACACGCGCACACACACACGAUAGACUCCAGAGUGAGAGCGAGAGACGCGUCAGAUUUCUACAGGAGGACGGGACUGUUUCAGCAUCAGGAGAAAACGCACAUGGUGUGGGAUGAAGAAGGACGUCCUGAUACUGUACCAAAAAAAAAAAAAACAAAACAAAAAAAUCAUCUGUACAUUUCUAGCGUGUUUAGUCAGUGGAUCUACGACGACUGCCAUUUUUUUUGGCUCCUUCAUCCUCGGAUGGACGUCUUUAACUCGAUAUAAUAAACUUUUUAACGCCCAGCUCGAACAAAACAAAACGAUCAAGUAGAGGCUUCGUGAGCGGAUAUCGUAGUGCCUCGAAUUAGCUGUGAAGUAGGCAUGUGCCGAUGUUUGUGUGUUUAUCGUGAUAAAACCUUCGAUAUCGUCACCAUGUCUGUUCUCGACUGGCUUCCUGGGACGAACGUAAUGCUGCCUUCAGAUUCGUUCCUUGAUAGCUGUCCUUUUAUUCUGUCUUCUCUCACACGCCCCCCCCCUCGAAAAAAACCCCCAAAAAACAUCGGAACAGCGUGCUGACGAUAUUGUACGUGUUGAAUAUCGCAAUAUUCUUCGUAAGCGAUUAACGGCACGUGCCUGCUGCGACGUCUUCGGACCCUCAGCGUUCGUACGUUUAGAUUAGCGUGUCGGUUUGUUGCGUCGUUAGUUCUGCGAAUAAAAAUGUCAGAUUUCUGUGCUUAGCAAGUCCUGUGAGAUGUUGGACACGCACAUGCACACACGCGCACACACACACACACACGCACACACGCACACACACACACACACGUACGUUUGUUCCCUUUUUAUAUUUUGAGACGGAUCUCGUUUUUUUUUUGUUGUUGUUUUUUUUCCCCCAAGCAUUGCAAAGAAGGAACACUAAAACAAAAUAUCGACAGCAAAAAUAAAAUGUUUUAGAUAAUAUUGCGGGGUGUGUGUGUGUGUGUGUGUGUGUGUGUGUGUGAGAGACAGUAUUUUACAGCUGGUUAAAGGAUUAAUGCACUCUGAAUGUGAUGCCUCUAUAGCAUGCAUAGUCCCAAUGGCUUUAACCCCAACUCUCCCUCACUGUGUGUGUGUGUGUGUGUGUGUGUGUGUGUGUGUGUGUGUGUGUGUGUGUGUGUGUGUGUGUGUGUGUGUGUGUGUGUGUGUGUGAUCAAACUUCAACCAUGUCCCAUUUUUCAUUAUUAUUGUUAUUAUUAUUUUUAUUAUGUCCGCUGUAUUUAUUCCCGAAAGCUCAGGCAGCAUCACACACACGGAGGAUGAAACUGCUCCACACUGUGCUCUUAACACAAUUCGUUUGUACAUUUUGUUUCUUUUCUUUUACAUUAGAAGUCAUCAUGUGCUUUAUUAUUAUUUUUUUUUUCUUUCCCCCGUCGACAUCUCAUCUGCGAUUAUUUCCAUGCUGUAACACAAUCUGAGAAAUGGGCACCUGGGUCUCUUCUCUUCUCCAAUCCACUGAAAUCCAGUGUAAUUGUACUCGUAUUACGAUCAUGCUCGGGUGGAUGGAACGGUUUAUCGCACCAUUUUUUUCCUUUUUUUUUUUUUUUUGGGUCAGAUUUGUAUGUCUCGUUAAUCUCCUGCUUGUUCUUUUAUUUGUGCCUUUGAAUAUUAUUUGAGCUAUCAGGUAUUUUGCGAGGAAAUGGUAGCCUUUUUAGAGUCAAACCCUUAAAAAACUGUACGCUUUGUUUUUAUGAUUGUUAAUAAACCAUGCGCUGAAACUGA